GCCCGCCGGGCUUUGCCAUGCUGGGCGCCCGUGGCGGGUGGCGGGCCCUCCGCCGCUGCGCCUCCCUGCCGCGGGCCGUGCGGCUGCGGGUGCGGGAGGCGCUGGGGGCGCGGGAGCCGGCGGACGCGGUCAGAGUGCAGGGCUGGGUUCGCUCUGUCCGAUCCCAGAAGGAAGUUUUAUUCCUGCACAUAAAUGAUGGGAGUUCUCUGGAAAGCCUCCAGGUGGUCGCAGAUCCCAGCCUGGAAAAGAGAGACCUGACUUUUGGAAGUGCAGUGGAAGUGCAAGGGAAGCUUGUCAAAAGUCCUCAUAGGAUGCAAAACAUGGAGCUGCAAGCUGAAACCAUUCAUGUGGUGGGACCUUGUGAUAUUUGGUCAUUUCCCCUGAAAAUGAAGGAGAGGCAUCCACUGGAGUACGUCCGACAGUUCCCUCACCUGCGCUGCAGGAACAACACUCUGGGCGCCCUCCUGCGAAUCCGCAGUGAAGCCACUGCAGGCAUCCACUCCUUCUUCCAGGAUAAUGGAUAUGUGCAUAUUCAUACCCCCAUAAUUACAUCCAAUGACUGUGAAGGUGCUGGGGAACUCUUUCAAAUUGAAACAUCAAGAGAGGCCAAGGAGUCUGCAGAAAAGACCCAUUUCUUCAAUGUGCCUGCCUUCCUGACAGUUUCUGGCCAGCUCCAUUUGGAAGUAAUGGCAGGGGCUUUUACUCACGUGUUCACCUUUGGCCCAACGUUCCGAGCAGAAAACUCGCAGAGUCGCCGGCACCUGGCAGAGUUCUACAUGGUGGAGGCUGAGCUGUCCUUCACUGAAAACCUUCAGGACAUCAUGCAGGUUAUGGAAGAUCUUUUCAAGACAGUGACAAGCACUGUGCUCUCCAAAUGUCCUUGUGAUGUUGAGCUUUUUCAUAAAUACAUAGCUCCUGCACAGAAGGGCAGGUUGGAACAAAUACUGAAGCACAAAUUUAUGAUAAUUUCCUACAGUGAAGCAGUGGAAAUUUUGAAGCAAGCUCCUCAAACUUUCACUUUCAAGCCAGAGUGGGGCUGUGACCUCCAAACAGAACAUGAGAAGUACCUGGUGAAGCACUGUGGGGAGGUUCCUGUGUUUGUGGUUAACUACCCAUACGACCUCAAACCUUUCUACAUGCGGGACAAUGAAGAUGGACCUCAACACACAGUUGCAGCUGUUGAUCUCCUUGUACCAGGAGUAGGGGAGUUGUGUGGAGGCAGCUUGAGAGAGGAGCGACUGCCCUUCCUUGAAUCACGCUUACAGAGAUUAGGACUCACAGAUGCCUAUCAAUGGUAUCUAGACCUCCGAAAAUUUGGAUCAGUUCCUCAUGGAGGCUUCGGAAUGGGGUUUGAACGCUACCUGCAGUACAUCUUGGGAGUUGACAAUAUCAAAGAUGUUAUUCCUUUCCCCAGGUUUUCUCACUCCUGUCUCCUGUAGCUCAGCAUUUGACUCAUGUGGAGAAAACCACUGGUGUAACUAUGUGUAUUAUAACAUACCAUGAUAUGACAGAGUGUGUUUCAGUGGGAAAUCAAGGUAAUUUUUAUAUCAAUGAAACUCUUGGUCAAUUUAAUACUGGGUUAUUGAAAAUAAUAUAUGUUCUGGUGAGAUUAUGGAAGGACACUGGCAGUUAAUUUGAUAGUAGCUCAUGUCUUCAGUGCACUUCUGGCAUAUUAAUAAAUCCCACUUAACUAAAGGGUUACGAUUCCCAUGAGACUAGUACAAGCCAUGGAAGUACUGAACAAGCACUGAAGGUAGCAGGGAGUUUUUAUGUGAAAUAUUAAUAAGGAAGUGUGACCUAAAAUAUUGUCAUGGCUGUGAUACACUUGCUACUGCUGCAGAUAGGAAAUGGCUACUGUAAAGCAUGAUUCUUCCCACUCCAAGUUAAAAGCAAAUAUUGUAUACUUCGGAAAAAUCAGCCAAACCUGGCAAGGAACAAUGUCAUACUGGAAUUGCUGGAGUGAGUUUGUUGAAUGAUGUUUGAUUUUGUGAGUCAUCAAUAAAGAUGUACACUGGGUUGUUUUAUAA